GGGACGCCCGCGGCGCCCGGGGCGAGCGGCCCCGCCGAACUACAGCUCCCACAAGGCCCGCGCGGCCCGCCGCCGCCGCCGCCGCCGCCGCCCCGGAACUACGCGGGCCACAAUGCACCGCGGCGCCGGCGGAACUACCCGCCCCACACUGCGCCGCGGCCCGCUCUCGCGAGAGACGGCGGGAGGCGGGAGGCGCGUAACGGCCCCGCCAUGGCUGACAGGCGGGCCCGGCACCGGCCCGGCCUCAGGAGCAGCGGCCGCCACACGGCGCAGGCGGCGGCACAGACUGGAUCAAAUCCAGAGAAGGACAGUAAUUCUCGCAGAAGCACCUUGAGGAAGCGGAGACUGAGAGUGUUCCCAGACCCUGACAAUGACACACCACGGGUUAUGCUCAAGAGAGUCAUCCAGACCCAACCCCAAGUUUCACCUCUGAAACCUCGGAUAUCUAACCAUGAAGAGACGGAAGAAGCUCGUCCAGAACUCCCAUCUAAGAGGGUUUCCAGCAUGGGGGAAUUGCAGCUGCCAGACCUUGCUGCUGAAGACACAUUUGUCACUGUGUUCCAUUUGAAUAAGAAAAGAAAGAAAGUCAGCAUUUCUGAAUUUGAGAGAGCAGCAGACAAACGACUUUUCCAGAACCAAGUUCAGUCAACGCUGGACAACACAACUUUGUUUCGAUCCCUCCGUAUGUCUGUUGGUUCCUUGAUGGCCCCGGACACUGUUGAGAAGAGGGGUUUGCUCCGGAGGCCGAGGAACCGCAAAGCCAUUGACAUGGAAGCUUUCGAGGGCGGAGUGGAACAGAACAUGCUGAAGAGCAAUGCACAGAACUGUCUUGUGGACUCGCAGUCCGCGUCUGGGAUUCGAACAACCAUGAUGACAAGUGAUGCAGAGAUCGUGCUGAACAACACGGAGCUCUUUGUUCAGCCUCAGCUGAAUGAACGGAGCCAAAAUAAACUUUCUGCUCUUGAACCCCAGCUGUCACAUUCAAAAACUCCAGCACAGAGGAGCAAGAUUUCUGAUGCAGCUCAAGACACAGCAAGGCCGGAGGGUCUGGUAUCCGGUGUGGGCACAAAUGAGGAAAGGACACAAAGACAUUCUGAGAACUCGGGCCUUGAUCAGGAGCACAUUGACAGAAUGGCUCCUGUAUCUCCAGGAACACCUGCAAACCAGCAAGAAGAUCAGCAAGAUCAUUCCCAGCAGAGUAACCCAGCGGAGCAGGUUUCUGUUCAUGAAGAGGAGGUGACUGGCCCUGCAGAACAUGGUGCAAGUGCUGGGUAUUCUGAACACUUGGAGAAGGAGCUGGCUGAAGAAGCAGAAUUGCAGAUAACUGCAGCACAGGACAGCAGAGACAAAACAGACACAGCUCCUUCAGCAGGAGAGGGACUGGCAGAAGGCAGCGUUGGACCCCACGUGUCUCCUGGGGCUGAACAUGAAACUGCCAAAGGUGUUGGAGCUGGAAGUCUGGACAGGCAUUCUGAUGCUCUCUCCUCAUCUGAAAAAUCUGGGAUGAAUCCAUUAGAGGAAGAUGAUGAACAAGACGUGCUAGAGGACCAGGCUAUCAUGUUAGAUUUGGAUGAUCCAGAGGAAGAGCCUGCUGAGGAUGAAAGUGAACAUCCUGAAAGUCAAGAGGUUUCCAUGAAGACGCCUGCGUUUGUCCGUGCUGCAGCCCACAACCCCCUGCUGUCAGCUCCAUGGGAUGAAAAACCUGCUGCUCCCAGGUCUCCCGUGCAGCUGCUGCAGCCUAAGCAAGUUCCAGGGAGAUCAGGAACGUCCCAAAGGAAACCACGGGAGCCUCAAAUAGCAAGGAGUUUGAUAAAGGAGGUUUUUAGCUAUUUUGUAAAAAUGCCAGUGACCAGAGAAGCAUUCAAAAUUGUUGAAAAAUGCUCUGAGAAGUACUUCAAGCAGCUGAGCAGUGAUCUGGAAGCUUACACCAGCCAUGCAGGGAGGAAAACAGUGGAGAUGGCUGAUGUAGAAAUGCUCAUGAGAAGACAAGGGCUGGUGACGGACAAGAUGCCACUGAAUGUGCUGAUAGAGCGUCACCUCCCCCUGGAGUACAGGAAGCUCCUGAUUCCAGUCGCUGUGAGUGGAAACAAAGUGAUCCCCUGAUGUGAAGGUGCAGCCCUGACCCCUGUGGGGUGCUCACGGUCUGCUCCCAGGGGCUGCCUCUGGGGUGUUCCAUGUCCCUGCUCCCUGUGAUGGUUUUCCACACGGAACCAGUCGGGCAGGGACUGCUCAACGUUCUCCUGAGCAAGGGCUGGUCGUGCUGUGGCCUUUACCCCUCCCUGCUGGGUCUCACCAGCCCUUGUUACACGCAGUUUGACUACCCAUAAUUUUUUAUGUUACCUCUGAAUACUUGUACAGCUCUGAGAAAUAAAAUUUCAUAUGUAUUCUG